AUGGAGGGCAGCGGCCUCCCCAAGCGCAUGCUGUUAGGAGCGAUGGCGGGGGGCGUGGGAUACCGGGGCGGGCAGGAGAGCGACUGGGUGUGUCGUCUAGGAGAGGACCUCGUGGCCUUCAACAUGAGAGACGAAAAGGAAGGGGGAAAAUGGAAAGAGAGCGCCAAGGACCCGGAGGUGUGGUACAACAAGGUCGAGGACGGGGCGGCAUGGUUCAUGAGGAAAUGGCACAGGCAGGAGGCGGAAGCGUCCGCGAAGCGCCAGCGCGCGAGGGAAGCAGAAGCAGAGAGUACAGUUAGCGCCCGCAGUUAAGAAAUAUUUUGUUAAGAAAUCGAGGCUCACUUUUUCACGAAAAACAAGAAACUAGGGUUAAGAAACAAACUCAAUCUGGGUCACACAAAGAGAAAUGUCUCAAUAAGAAACACAGCGGCGACCGCUGCCCUACUACAUAAGAAACGAGGGUUUACGGGGGAGUGUGUCGAAUAAGAAACAAACCCCACAGCUCUCUCGCUCUUUCCCCCUCUCCCCCGACCCCCCCCUCCCAUAGUGCAUCAUGAUUAGUUGUACGACGAGGGGGGAGGUUCUCGUGAAACUCGGGUUGGGUUGGUUCGGGUAAUUAGUCGCAGAUCUCACCCCGCUUCGCUCACGGAGCUUGCAACAUAAUGACGGGGUAGUUUUCGUUGUGGCACGUCAGCGUGCGGGUGAGGCAUCAUGCGGUGUUCAUGCAUUUGUUUAGUUUCAGCCCUCACUCACGAGGGGGGUACAGGACCUUGGAGCGAUAGCGAGACGUUGCCGCUGGAUACGUUUCGCUUCUAGGGAGUGGUGGCCUUACGUGCAGCCGUCGGUAGUGAUAAUCGGGGUUGAGUACGGGGGUCGAGGAAAGCAGCGCAAAUCAUUUGUAUAUUUGAAACGUUGUGUAGUAUGCAAGCAGAGAAAUAAGAAAUUGCCGAUUUGAGAAAUUCAGCAGGACUUGGCUGCACGAAAAAAUAAGAAACUUGAAAGAAGAAACUGAACGACAUACGCUGAGUUUAUAGCCCACAAUGAGAAUUCGAGGAUGGACCUGAAAUAAGCGUUUCUUAACUGCGGGCGCCAACUGUACGGCCUCAGGACCGACGAGAAAGAGAGCCGGGGAAGCGGCGGUGGGGGGGAAGAAACGGCGACCGGACCCUGCUGUAGAAGCGAGUAGGGCGGCCGAGGCAGCACUCGUGGCGAAGUAUGUACCCGGCUGAUGCUGCUGCGCCCUGUUUUCCUCCCUGCUGUAUGCUAUACUCCUUUAUGUAUGCCCUUUGUAUUGCCUUCGGCCUCUGUGCUGUGUUUCUGUGUUUCUUUUUUUCAUGAUCUCACUGCCUACUCUACUGUGUUGGGUACCGUGAUCUCGCUUUGCUGUUGCCUUUGUUUUUGUACGUCUGGCUGUCUGCCCAUCUGCCGCCUCUGUGUCCUGUUUGCUCCGUUACUCCCAUACCCUGGUGCGUAGUGCCUGGUGCUGGUACGUUACCCUUUGAUUUCUUCUUUGGGCGGGUGUGGGAAGCGUCCUGCUUUAUUAUAAUUGUUAUUUUUUUUUAUCGGUUUCCGAGGGCUCUUUUCUCGGACGGUCGGUGCGAUACCUGUCCUUUUCUUU